UAAGGACGAUAAUGGGUGGUUGUUGGGCCGAUCCUAGAUCAGUACUUGGAUGCUAGUAAAGUAAAGUAGCAUGUUUGUUGUUUAUUAUUUACAUGCAACACAUGAAUAUAUGAGAUCUCAUAUACUUUCGAGUUUUGUAGACAGAACGAUCACUGCAAAGAGCCUACAUUUGUAUAUCGUAUAAGUAUUCACCCUUUAUUCUGUAUUACACCGCCCACUGCGUGUUUGAUUGUUGUCAACAGUAGGCUGAGUAUGAGAGACACACACAUGCACACCCCAGUAGGAUGACGUAGUGGUCCAGGCAGCAGUCGCCUUCAGCCAGCCCACCCAUGCAAUGUUGCACCGUGAAAACACACUACGCCAGAAACGCUACGUUUAAGAAAAGCCUCUGAAAUCGUGAAUGCGGAGGUCGUCGCAGCAACGACUUGUAACGUUUUAUGGAGCCUCGCUGGGACGUCGGGGAGCAAGGAGUAGUCGGGAGAGAUACGUUCCGUGGCUGUAACAACGAUCUGGAAACAUUGGACUUAUUUAACGUGGAAUCUGGAGCUCGAAUUGGAGCAGGAGGAAAACAUGGCUACGAAUGGCAACAAUUUGGCAUCUGGGAUGGGAGAAAUAAUUCAGUUAAACGUCGGCGGGACCAGGUUCAGCACCUCCAGACAGACACUCAUGUGGAUCCCAGACAGCUUCUUCUCAAGUUUGCUGAGUGGGAGGAUCUCAACAUUGCGGGAUGGAACUGGAGCUAUAUUUAUUGACAGGGACCCCAGCGCUUUUGCACCCAUCUUGAAUUUUCUUCGAACCAAAGAGCUGGAUUUGCGGGGGGUAAACAUUCAUAUCCUCCGCCAUGAAGCCGAAUUUUAUGGGAUUACUCCCUUAGUCCGUCGCCUGCUGCUCUGUGAGGAACUGGACCGCUCAUCAUGCGGCAGCGUUCUGUUCCACGGUUACCUCCCACCCCCCGCCAUCCCCGCCCGCAAGGCUAGCCCCGCCCCCGCAGCCUCUGGCCCUGCCCCAGAGGAGCGCCCGGGCCCCAGUGGAGCCGAGGGCGGGUUCCCCCGUAGCCCCCCUCACCACUCUCUCCCUGGACCCCCCCCCACAGAUACGCCUAGCAGACUUGGUUCGGUUGUGGACCCCAGGAAGGUUCUGAUCAUAGCUGGACACCAUAACUGGAUUGUAGCAGCAUAUGCAUACUUCGUCAUCUGUUACAGGAUCAAGGAGUCUUCUGGAUGGCAGCAGGUGUUUACUAGCCCAUAUCUGGACUGGACCAUCGAACGCAUUGCGCUCAACGCCAAGGUGGUAGGCGGUCCCCAUGGCGACAAGGAUAAGAUGGUGGCCGCCGCCUCCGAGAGCAACAUCAUCCUCUGGAACAUACAGGACGGGGGGAACGGAAAUGAGAUCGGUGUGUUUAGUCUGGGUGUGCCAGUGGACUCUCUCUUCUUCAUUGGUAACCAGCUGGUGGCCACCAGUCACACAGGGAAGGUGGGGGUCUGGAAUGCUGUCACACAGCACUGGCAGGUUCAGGAUGUAGUUCCUAUCACCAGCUGUGACACUGCAGGAUCCUUUCUGCUGCUAGGAUGUAACAACGGCUCCAUCUACUACAUAGACAUGCAGAAGUUUCCUCUGAGGAUGAAGGAUAAUGACCUGCUGGUGACAGAGCUGUACCACGACCCCUCCCACGACGCCAUCACCGCCCUCAGUGUCUACCUCACGCCCAAGACCAGUGAGCACACACGUGUGAGCGGUAACUGGAUAGAGAUCGCGUACGGGACCAGUUCUGGAGCGGUGCGUGUGAUCGUGCAGCACCCGGAGACGGUGGGUUCCGGGCCCCAGCUCUUCCAGACCUUCACCGUGCACCGCAGCCCCGUCACCAAGAUCAUGCUGUCUGAGAAACACCUGGUGUCAGUGUGUGCUGACAACAACCACGUGCGGACAUGGACAGUGACUCGGUUCCGAGGCAUGAUCUCCACCCAGCCUGGCUCCACCCCCUUGGCCUCCUUCAAGAUCCUCUCUCUGGAAGAGACCGAGAGCCAUGGAAGCUACUCCUCUGGGAACGACGUGGGGCCAUUUGGAGAGAGAGAUGAUCAGCAGGUGUUCAUUCAGAAAGUCAUCCCUAUCACCAACAAGCUGUUUGUACGCCUCUCCUCCACUGGAAAGAGGAUCUGUGAGGUGCAGGCGGUUGAUGGGACGACCAUCUCGUGUUUCACGGUGCGCGAGUGUGAGGGCUCCAGCAGGAUGGGGUCACGACCCCGUCGCUACCUGUUCACCGGUCAUGGCAACGGGAGCAUCCAGCUGUGGGACCUGACCACCGCCAUGGAUACGGCCAGCAGGGGGGAGGAGAGGAAGAAGGAUGAAGUGGGCGGGCCUUCAGAGGAGGAGCUGCUGCAGCUCUUGGACCAGUGUGACCUCAGCACUUCCCGCUGUGCUACGCCCAACAUUAGCCCCGCGCCCUCAGUGCUACAUCACACCCGCCUCCGAGAGUCGUGUGUGACCCCCAGCCUCCAGGCCCAGGAGCCCAUCCUGGAGACGGCCUCCUACGGAGCCCUGCGACCCUACAGAGAGAGCCCCCUGUUGGCCAGAGCUCGCCGCACAGAGUCCUUCCACAGUUACCGGGACUUCCAGAGCUUCAGCCUGGGCAGGGGUCUCCUAGAGGGGCCCAGUCCGGGGCCAGGGCCGACCCCGGACGCCCGCCGCUCGCUGUGUGAGUUUGGGGGAGAGGAGGCAGAGCGGAGGGGCUCCGUCAUGGAGCUCUGGGCCAGCCGGACGGCCUAUGCUGUCGCUGCCACAGUUACUCCCGCAGCCGUCGCUGCCACGGUUACUCCCGCCACCGUUGUCACCCCGGAGGGUGUUCCGGAAUCGCCGCGGCAACCCCCCGACAGUCCGGGUGACGUGCGGCAGAGAGUCCAGUCAGAGGAAGAAGGUGCGGGGUCAGGGGGGGAGUCGGGGGCAAAGAGGAAGGGGGUUCUGGAAGGGGGGGUGUUCUCGGGCAGAAAGAGAGCCCCCCCAGUGCCUCAUCUCUCCUCUCUCUCCUCGGUGGGUUCCGAGGGGGGCGGCAGUGACUCCUCUACCAACGCCUCCCCCUCCCCCACCAGGCUGGCAUCCACUUCCCCUCGACACAGGAGGUUUGCUACAGAGCCGGCAAAUCAGGACAGCAGCCUGUGAUUGGUUGGAAAGAAAUUAUGCCUUUCCAGGAAGUGGACAUCUUAUAGAAACUUUGCAGCUAGAGGGAGUGUUUGAUUGGUGGAGGGGAGGUGUCAGCCUGGGAUCAGAGUGAGAUUCCAUGACAUUUUUGAUACAACAAGCUUGUCCUUAUCAUUAAUAUGCAAAAACAAUUUAGCAUGAUUUGCUUAUCUUUAAAUAUGGAUCACUGUAACUGCAGCCUAGCUUUAUAUUGAACAGAACCGUAAUGGGAUUGACCCCAGGCCGUUCUGCUUUAAAUAGUGACCUUUGACCCCAACAUGUGAUUAACCCUGUCACCUCUCACCCUUGGCAGCUAGGUGAUGACAUAAGUUACGUUUGCUCUGAAGCAUGCAAGUCACACUGUACCUCACUUGUACAUGGAUAACUAUGUAUCCACAGUAGUACAUGGUUGGUGACUGCAGGUAUUCUGUAGAUACACAGUAGCUCAUGUAGUUAAUGUGCACUGAAGGUAAAGUGUCCCCUGCACGUGUGUUGUGUGCGGCUUCCUCCUCUAGUCCACUGCUUUGUGAUCUAUGCUGCAGGAUCAUCACACACUCACUUUGUCUUUCACUUUUCUGGACAAACAGACAGACGGGAAACGAUUUGUCUUUUCAACUUUCUGAUGUCUGCUUGUGGUCUUAAGAUACUUCCAGAGUGCCUUCUGUUCCAUUAUUCAUCCUGUUUAUCUGACCCAUCUAUCCCUCGCUGCUUUAAGUGAAAGAGGACCUAGAGAGAGAUAGAGGAGGUGGAAGAGUCAGGGAAAGGGAGCAGGUGAGAGGAAAAUACAACUGAGAUUCUGAUUGGUGUUUUGUGUAGUAGCUGCUGUCGUGUCUACUUGUGUCCGCUUGAUGAGAUCCUCUGGUGCCCUCCUCCUUAACGUACUGUACCAAGACCACAGGACUGCCAAGGACUGGAGGAGGAGCCGGGCUGAGGUCUUUAACUGUACAAAGAUGUAAAUCUAACAUGCAACCUGAUUAUAUGUGGAAAAUAUACACGACAUAAUCAAUAACAAUAGGAUAUGACAAUACCCAAGCAUAAAUCUGUGUUUAAUCUUUGACAUAUUACCGUUGUUUGCAAACAUAUUCGUUUAUUUUGUUUGGUAGCAUAUUAUCAUACUGAUGUUAAUAUCAAAAUACUCUUUGUACCCUAAUUUUGUUUGCACUGAACCAAUGAAGACUAAGAUGGUGGAGUAACUAAGAUUUAUUUUGUAUGACAUAAUAAUAAUGCUAUUUAACCUCCAGGGACAUGAAACUGUAUCAGAUCCUCUGGAAAUGUUUACAAACUCACCUUCCAACCCAACGCUAAUGACGAGGAAUAUAAAUACAUAUAUAUAUAUAUAUAUAUCUAUUUAUGUUUAUGCUGUUAUAACAUUUUUUUACAACACUCCUAUGUUAAAAAGAGUAUGAAUUAUGUUAAAACUGGCCUGUUUGAUUAAUAGCAGUACACACACUAUAUGUUGGCUCUGAAUCAUCUGUUGUUUUUAAGCUUGUUAGACAGAUGUAAGGUUAGAGUUAGGUGGAAGUUUGUCUCGUAUCAACUGUUACCUAUACGAUUAAUUAUUAAUUGACAGUGGUUAAAUAGGUCAAUGACAUGAAUCAUUUAAAGCCUGGUAGCUGAUGUUUGUGUGUGUGUGUGUGUGUGUGUGUGCCUUUCUGUGUGUGUUUGUAUUCAUGAAUGAGAGGGCUGACCUCAGCACACGUAAGGAUGUUAACCUUCCCAUAUAAGAAGUUUGUUUGGAACCCGGUGGUUCUCCUUUGAGAUGCCAUCUGAUUACCCAGUGAUUUAUGGUUUUAAUAAAACACACUCACAGACAGACA